AUGCAAGCCAUCGAGCUAAAAAACGGCCGCGGGCUGCGGGCCGUGAUUUUGCCGAAAGGGGCGAUACUUCAGGCCCUGUUUUUCAAGGACGAGAGCGGAAAGGAGAUUGAUAUUGCGUUAGGAUAUGAUACGGCUGAGGGAUACGCGAAAGAUCGGUUCUUCUUCGGGCAAACCGUUGGCCGUGUUUGCAACAGAAUCAAAGACGGAAAAUUCGAGUUUGAGGGCAAGCAGUAUCAGCUCGACAUCAAUAAACCACCACAUCACUUGCAUGGAGGAGCAAAUGGCUGUGGAAAGCGUGACUGGGAAAUUGUCCGACGGUCGGUCUGCUCUGUUACCCUUCGCGUGCAUAUGAAGCAUGAAGAAGAUGGGUAUCCUGGCGACGCAAAAAUUGACUGCACCUACACGGUGAACGACAUGAACCAUUUGCUGAUUGAAUAUUCGGGGGUGUGCACCGAGAACUCGCUGCUAAACCUGACCAAUCAUACAUAUUGGAAUUUGGAUGGAGAGGAUACGAUCAAUGAUCACAUUCUCGAGGUACGUGCCGAUUCGUAUCUACCCACCGAUGAAACGAAUUUGCCAACCGGCGAAAUCGCGGUCGUUUCCGGAACUCGCUUUGACUUCCGGAAGCCGAAAAAGCUGGGUGAAUUGCUGGGGAAAGAGACCGGGACGGUGAAGCUGGACAACGAUUUUGUGCUCAAUGAUAUCCGCAGUAGGGUUGCCAAUGUUUUACUUGCUUCCAAAAAAUCCGGAAUAAUGAUGGAGAUGUUGACAAGUUACCCGAUUGCACAUGUUUAUGCUGGGGAAUAUGUGGAUACUGAAGGAAAACAGAAUAAACCCUAUAAGGCUAAUUCUGGAAUAGCCAUCGAGUGCCAGGGCUACACGAAUGCCGUAAAUUACCCUCAUUUCCCACAAAUUACCGUCAACGCCAACGAGGUGUUCCGCCGCGAAAUCGUCUAUGCAUUCGGGCAUUUGAAUAGCAACGAAAUCUCGGAUUUUACAAACGGCGAAGCAGAGGAA